AUGAUUUCCAAGUCAAUUUUAACAGAUCUUACAAAUUGUACAAUUGCGGAUCGAUCGAAAAAUGCAAAUAAUGUUAAUAGUAAAGAUUCGCAUCGAACACAAUCAUCUUUAUCUAAUAUAACAACAACACAUGAACAUGAUCCUGGUUCUGAAUCGGAUGAAGUUCUUGGUGAUGAUACUCAUUACAUCAAUAACAAUAACAAAAAAUUGAAAGCUGCAAAAAAUAAAGCUACUGCGAUAUCAAGAAAUAAUUACUUAACUACCACAACAAUUGAAACAACAUCUGUACAAUCAUCACAAGUAUGGAAAUAUGCCAUACGUUGUCCAAAUUCAAAUUUUUCAAUUUGUUCUUUAUGUCUAAAUGAUAAAAAAGUUUCAACAAACAAUGGGUCGACGUCGACUUUACGUAAACAUUUGAUUUCAGAGCAUCAAUUACAUGAAUUAGCAUUACCAAAUAACAAACGUUAUGAGCAUCUGACUCGGUAUUCAGUGGCUCGUCUGCUAAAACGUCUUCAUAAGCUCCAUUUAAAGAAAUUAAUUAAUGAUUUAGCAUUAAUUGGUGAUAUUUCAAUAACUCUAGACCUGUGGAGCAACAAACAAAUGCGAUCAUUCUUGGUAAUUACAGGUCAUUAUUUUAAUAAGAAUGGUUUUGAUUUACAAUCAACAGUUUUAAAUUUCUCAACACUUAAUGUUCAUCAUAACUCGGUUGAUAUUCUUCGUGUAUUACAAGAGAAAUUGAAAGAACUUGAUAUAUUACACAAUGUGGUUCGAGUGACUUCCGAUGGUGGUCGUAAUGUGGUCCGUGCCAUUCGUGAUCUGCACUUGAAUUUAGAGUAUAAUUUGAAUCAUGGACUGAAUGAUGCAGAAAAAGAGAUGGCAAAUAUUGACCGAUUAGACAAUAAUGAUGAUAUUGGUGAACCCGACGAAAUAAAUAUGAAUGUUACUCGUGAUGAAUCAGAUGAUGAUGAAUUAUCGGAAACAUAUGAUUCGAACGACGAAGAAGAAUUAUUACUUAAAGCAACGAUGAAGAAUUCGUGGAUGAUUGGACAACAAAUGUUAUUCAAUCAGAUUUUGAUAUUGCUUGUGAACAGAAUAUGA